CUGGCGGGCGGCAGCACCGAGGGCACGGACUGCGGCCAGCGCCACGAGCAGCGGCAGCUGCUGGGCGUGGAGGAGGUGACGGACCCGGACCUGGUGCUGCACAACCUGCUGCGGAACGCGCUGCUGGGCGUCAGCGGCGCUGGGCCCCCCCGCAAGAGCACCGAGAUGGCCAAAGUCAUGGGCCUGUCCAACUACCACUGCAAGCUGCUGGCCCCCAUCCUGGCCCGCUAUGGCAUGGACAAGCAGACGGGCAAGGCCAAGCUCCUGACCGAGAUGAACCAGGGGGACAUCUUCGACUGCUCCCUGCUGGGCGACCGUGCCUUCCUCAUCGAGCCUGAACGCGUUGACACCAUUGGCUACGGCAGGGACCGCUCGGGCAGCCUCCUUUACCUGCACGACACACUGGAGGACAUCAAGAAGGCCAACAACAGCCAGGAGUGCCUCAUCCCCGUGCACGUGGACGGCGAUGGGCACUGCCUGGUCCAUGCUGUCUCAAGGGCGCUGGUGGGCCGGGAGCUGUUCUGGCAUGCGCUGCGGGAGAACCUGAAGAAACACUUCAAGGAGAACCUGAGCCACUACAAGGCCCUCUUUCACGACUUCAUCGAUGCGGUGGAGUGGGAGGACAUCAUCAACGAGUGUGACCCUCUGUUUGUUCCACCUGAAGGUGUACCGAUGGGCCUGCGCAACAUUCACAUCUUCGGUUUGGCCAACGUGCUUCACCGGCCCAUCAUCCUGCUGGAUUCCCUGAGCGGCAUGCGAAGCUCUGGAGAUUACUCGGCCACCUUUCUCCCAGGAUUGAUACCGCUAGAGAAGUGCAUGGGAAAGGAUGGCAUGUUGAACAAACCAAUUUGUAUCGCAUGGAGUAGUUCUGGUCGUAAUCACUAUAUUCCUCUGGUGGGAAUAAAAGGUGCUGCUUUACCUAAACUGCCGAGGAAAUUGCUUCCUAAAGCGUGGGGAGUUCCUCAGGAUCUCAUAAAAAAGUACAUCAAACUGGAGGAGGAUGGUGGUUGUGUGAUUGGAGGAGAUAGAAGUUUGCAAGAUAAAUACCUGAUGAGGCUCGUGGCUGCAAUGGAGGAGGUGUUCAUGCGCAAGCAUGGUAUUCAUCCAAGCUUAGUUGCUGAUGUACAUCAGUAUUUCUACAGAAGGACUGGUGUAAUUGGAGUUCACCCUGAAGAAGUCACUGCAGCUGCCAAGAAAGCAGUGAUGGACAACCGCCUUCAUAAAUGUCUGAUUUGUGGUGCCCUUUCAGAGCUUCAUGUUCCUCCAGAGUGGCUGGCUCCAGGAGGGAAACUGUAUAACUUGGCAAAAAGUACACAUGGCCAGUUGAGGCCUGAUAAAAAUUAUAGUUUUCCCUUGAACAGUGUGGUAUGCUCUUAUAAUCCUGCAAAAGAUGUUCUCAUACCAGACUAUAGUUUGAGUAGUUUGACUGCUUGCAACUGGUGUCAUGGUACCUUGGUACGUCGUGUCAGAGAAGAUGGGUCUGUUGUAUAUUUGGAUGGAGACAGAACUAAUACUAGAUCCACUGGUGGCAAAUGUGGUUGUGGAUUCAAACAUUACUGGGAAGGUAGAGAGUAUGACAAUCUCCCUGAAGCUUUUCCUAUUACUCUAGAGUGGGGUGGAAGAGUAGUGAGAGAGACAGUCUAUUGGUUCCAGUAUGAAAGCGAUGCAUCUCUGAACAGCAAUGUAUAUGAUGUUGCAAUGAAACUUGUUACCAAACACUUCCCUGGUGAAUUUGGUAGUGAGAUUCUUGUUCAGAAAGUUGUCAAUACGAUACUGCAUCAGACUGCCAAAAAGAACCCUGAUGAUUAUACUCCUGUAAAUAUCGAUGGCGCCCAUGCCCAAAGAGCAGAUGAUGUACAGCCAAGUCAAGACUUAGAGUCGCAACUUCCGACCAAAAUUAUUCUUACUGGACAGAAGACAAAAACUUUGCACAAGGAAGAGUUAAAUAUGAGCAAAACUGAAAGAACUAUUCAACAGAACAUUGCAGAUCAAGCUUCUGUAACGCAGAAGCGGAAAACCGAAAAAUUAAAACAUGAGCAAAAAGGGCAGCCUAGGACUACUUCCCCCAGUGCUGUUCGUGGUGGACCAUCAUCUGCUCCUGCUACACCUACAAAGGCUCCUUAUUCUCCAACUUCUGUAAAAGAAAAGAAGAUUCGGAUAACAACAAAUGAUGGCCGACAGUCCAUGCUUACGUUGAAGUCCACAACCACAUUUUUGGAACUGCAGGAAAGUAUAGCCAGAGAAUUUAAUAUUCCUCCAUAUUUGCAAUGUAUUCGCUAUGGUUUUCCACCUAAAGAGCUUAUGCCACCCAAGGCAGGCAUGGAAAAUGAACCUGUUUCUUUGCAGCAUGGUGAUAGAAUAACUGUAGAGGUUGUUAAAGGUAAGGAAGAUGGCAGCCAGUCUUCUUCUGCACACACUACCCAUGCUGUGAAACGUGAAGAUGUUGCAGUAACUAGUAAAAUAUCUUCCAAGGAGCUGCAAGAGCAAGUUGAUAAAGAGAUGUACUCUUUGUGUCUUCUUGCAACAUUAAUGGGAGAAGAUGUUUGGUCUUAUGCAAAGGGCCUUCCUCACUUAUUCCAGCAGGGUGGGGUGUUCUAUAGCAUAAUGAAGAAAACUACAGGUCUGGCUGAUGGCAAGCACUGCACUUUUCCACAUCUGCCUGGUAAAAACUUUGUGUACAAUGCUGCAGAAGAUAGAUUAGAGCUGUGUGUGGAUGCUGCAGGUCACUUUCCAAUCGGUCCUGAUGUUGAAGACUUGGUUAAAGAGGCCUUAAGUCAAGUAAGAGCGGAGGCUACUUCAAGAAGCAGGGAAGCGAGUCCUUCACAUGGACUUCUGAAAUUAGGUAGCGGCGGAGUAGUGAAAAAGAAGUCUGACCAGCUACAUAACAUAACUGCGUUUCAAGGCAAGGGUCACUCUCUAGGAACUGCAUCUAGUAGCCAACAACUUGAUCAAAGAGCCAGGGAAACGCGACUUUUAAGAAAGCAUAGCACAGAAACAGACUUCAGUCCUAGUUCUACCAAAACAGAGUCUUCUGUAUUCACAGCUGCUUCUGGUAACAGUGAGCUUAUCCGAAUAGCUCCUGGAGUAGUGACUAUGAGAGACAGCAGACAGCUUGACCCUACCUUAAUUGAGGCACAGCGAAAAAAGUUGCAGGAAAUGGUCUCUUCUAUUCAGGCUUCAAUGGACAGACACUUGCGGGAUCAGAAUGCAGAGCAGUCAGAAUCAGUUGAUCUGUCACAAAGAAAAGUAGAGGCAGUGAGUUCAUCUGCUAAAACUGGGAGCUUCCAGGCUGGUUUGCCGACAUCCUUUUCUGUAACAGGUGGCACUGAACAUUUGAAUACAGAAACAACUGAUGGUAACACGGUGCAUUCUGUGGGAGCAACUUUUCCCACAAGGUCUAAAGCACAAAAGGGAAAUUCUGUUGAGGAGCCUGAGGAAAUGGAUAGUCAAGAUGCAGAAAUCACUAAUAUGACUGAACCAAUGGAUCAUUCUUGAUAGCUUAAAAGCUAAUGAGGAUAGAAGAGAUUACUGUUCAAAUGUAAUGUUUUAUUGGCUGGGCCACGUACAGUGAUUAGUCAUUAAAUCUUGUAUGUAUGUUUCAAAGAUUAUAUCAUCUUUAUUCAGUGCAUGAUAGCAAGUGUGUGAUUGGCAAUAGCUUUUAAUAUACCAUACUGCUGCCCAGGCUGGCUCUCAGUUACCUGUAAAUUAGUUAUUAGGAAAUGCACUGAGAUGAAUAUCUGCUGUAGAUGUGGGUUAUUGAAAGUUCUUUGUAAUUUUAAUUCCAUGGAAGUCUUAAAAUAUAAGCCCAUGUGAGGUUCUUACUAUGUUAGUUUAAAAUUACUGAGAAGGCUAGAAUGGGAAAAAACAGAAAUUUGACAACAUUAAUAUUGCCCAGAUAUCUAAUUCAGUUCAAAAUUGCAGCAUAAACAGAUGGACAUAAAUUUCAAAGAGCAACUGAAAUAAAUUGUAUGCUAAAAUUUGUAAGGUAUUAUAAACAACAUUUUAAUUGUAUGAUGCUGGCAUUCCCUCAGAUUUAAAAACCUUGCAUUCGUAUAGCUGUAUGUGCUUGUCAGAAAUCCUGGAAUAAGUAUAAUUGCAUUAAGCUCUCUAUUUUCUGAAUACUGUCAAUUUAAGCAAGGUUAGUGGGGAAAAUAAGGCUACUUAGUAUAAAAUGAAAAUAACGAAACGUGGGGCAGGUGGCUGAGCCAAGGCAUGUAUUUCACGGCUCUGUUUUGUGGUAGCGUGUUUUUAUUUUCCCCAAAAUCUUGAGCUCAUGAGGUGACAGUCAACUUUUUCGUACCACAGAGAGGUUUGUAAGUGCUUUAAGAAGCUACAACAGAUCAAUACCAAAUCAAUUUCUUUCUUAAAGAUGUUGAUUAUUAGUAUUGAUAAAAGGUGGUAAGAGCAUGGAGAAACAAUUUAUGAGAAGGAAACAGCUUUCGAAUAGGUUGCAUUAUUCUGAAGUGUCUAGUGAUAUUUGAACUUCGUGGAUAUUUUUAAAGUUCAUGGAAACAGGGAAUAGGUACUGUUUCAGUGCCCAUGAAGACUACCCUUUCUACUGGCUUCACUUCAGUUUGUGAUGCAAAUUUGCCUGCAUCAGUUUGUGAAGAAGCUGGUAUCCAUUUAAAUAGCGUAUUCAUCAGUUUUCCAGUGCUAGUUCUAAGAAGCAGUCAUUAUGCGUACACCAUGAAGACAGAAUGUUCAUUUUGAUGUUGCACUCUGCUUCCUACUUUCAUAUUCCUAUUUUAAGUGUGUAAUUGUUUCUUCUGAUAUUAACCUAAAGUUGAAUGAGUGAAAGAUGUUAAUGCAGCCUGAAAGGAACUUAGAGCAUUUAGAUGUUGAAGCCUUUGCGCACACAUGAGUUUUUACCGGUUCCACAAAUACUAAGUUUGUAUUAAAAAAAAGUUUGUAAUCAGAAAAAAAUCUCACUUUUUACAUUUAUAAUCAGAUACACAAAUUUUGUGUUGCUAUUAUUAAAUGUCCCAAUAAUGGGAGGAUUUAUUUUUUAUAGUGGAAAGUAACUGAAAUAAGUCACUUAAUUUAAUAGCCCCAAUACUAUCAAAGUAUAUUAGUACAGUAAAACAGCUUUCAUUGGCUACCUUUUUAUACACGGGGAUUAAAUACUUAUUAACAUGUCAGUGCACUGUUUAUAGGUAAAUUAUAAAAUCACCUUUACUUGAAUAAAUACAAAUUUAAGGUAUCUGCUUGCUAAUUUAUGAAUUAGCAAUUUGUUUGAGAACUGCAAUGUAAGAAGUAAACUUGGCACACUAAAAUUGACCUCUCAUGUGAACUGAUUAAUUGGCAGUGCUCAUCCGGUGGGAAACAGAGUGCACAUGCAGAGGUUGGAAGCCUGCCCUUAACUUCUGACAAAAAUUGGUUUGGUCUCUGUGCUGCAGCCUAGCUGUUUUGAAAGCUAGUUUUUAUGUGUAGAAUGUGAAGCAGAAGCUUACACUUUCCGUUAUGGUGAGAGGUGUUAGAAAAAAUGGACUAGUACUUAGUUAGCAGUGGUAUAUUCAGAGAAAUCACUUUAAAUAAGCAGGGGCUGAGUGACAGGGGCACCUGGGUGGUUUUGCAUUUUAGUCAUAGUAGCUGUGAUAAUGGAGGGCUGCUUAAAUACACUAAAUUCUUGUCUGUAAGAAGAGAGAAAUCUUCCCUAGAAUAACAGUGUACAGAGGGCAUGUGAGAGUUUCAGAUUUCAAAAUGCACUGAAAUACUUAAGCCCCAUUAUUAUUCUGAGGGAAGAUGAAUAUGUCAGCUGCCUAUGGCAAUUUCAGUGGGAUUCCAGAAAUACAUUUGUGUGUGCACCCUUAUUAAUUGAAAAGGAAGACUCAGAGUAGUUUUGAUUAAUUUUUCUUUCUUUCUUUUUCCUGCCCCCUUGUUUGGACAUUCUACCCUCUUCUGUAUGAACAGAUGUGGGUACAGACUAGUCAUUUUUCAGUUUGUUUUUUCUUUUUUGACACACCAUUAGCAAAAAAUGUAAUUUGUGAUGGGUCACAACUCAGAAUCCUUCAUUAAAUCUGAAGAAAGUAUAAUUAAAUGGUUUCAGGUCUCCAGAAUCCUUGAGAACAGCAAUCACAACUGCUUUUCUAGCUGGCUGUGAAUUCCCUUGGUUUUAUACAAGCCAACCACCAAAUCUACAUGCAUCUUUGUAGUGUUCUUAUUUUAGUUAAAUUUCUCAUGCAUUCAACAGCAAUGUUUUUAAUGAGAUGGCUUCCUAAUGUCUUAAAUAAAACUAUUUUCCAUCUGCUGGGAAAAUGUGUAACUGUGCAAGCAAAUAAAUAAUAAAGAAUACUGAAGCAGAAUUUUGAACAAAUGUUUCCCUUGAACUCUAGCAGUGUGUGACAGACACAAAUAUAAUUUGAGGUAAAUCAAAAGUUUCUAUCUUUCAAGCAGCUCUGUGCUACUUUUCCUAAUAGGAUCAGGAAAAUGCUAGAAGUGAGCUGUGCCAGGAAGAGAGAAAUGUUUUCACCACCAUACUAGUGGUGGUAACUAGUGGUGGUAAGCUGUGUGAGUAGGGAUUCCUCAAAAGGUGUAAAGAUUAAAUUACUGUUCGUUACCAGGCCUACUGAUGCUCGCUAUGGUCAACGCGGUGAAAUGUACCUAUGGUUCCCAGCCCUAUUAAGCAUCUUCACCAGUUACCAUCCUAGCCAGAACUAGCCAUUUACUCAUUUUUCAUGAUGAAUAACUAUAGAGCAUCCCAAGCUUCAGUGGGGUUUAGUGCAUAUCAUUUGAAUGUGAGACUUGGCAAAGUAAGAGCUGGGGAGCCUAGCCUACAAAAGCUUUGGUAUUAAUAGCAGUUUGCAUACUGAAAACUUGGAGUACAGUCAUCCGUUGCCUUUCCAGCCAAAUGCAAGUGUUUAACAGUGUCAUGAAAAUGGCCAGUUAGUAAGGUUGGCUAGUAAUAGGUACUUGAUAUUGUGUUAGAUUUCUCUGGGAAUUAUUGAGUGGAAUAAACAUUGACAGAACUUCCUUUAAAAUACUAUGUUAGCUUCUAUGACAGCAUAUUCGUUGAGACAGCCUUAUUUUCACAAUCACAGAACUUUCAUACAGUUGGACUUCUGAUUCCCUUCAAGAUUGAGUAGUCUUUUACCAUAUAAGAAUAAACUGAGCUUAAUGGAGAUUCUGGUCAUCUUUGAAAUUGAAAGUAGUCCUUUAUUUUAUUUAUUUAUUGUGUGGUUAAAUUCUAUGGUUUUAAAAAAUCCACAUAUCAAAUGUGAACAUAAAACAGCCCUUUGUAAGGAUGGCAUAUAGAUACAGCUGUAUUAUAUAAAGCUUGUUUAGACAUUGCCUCCAAGAGAGUACUCUAGCAAACUUCACGUAAGUACCAUGGCCCUAGGUUGCAUGCUGACAACUCUAUACAAAAGGGAUAUUUUCAAGAGCCAAGUGUUGGGGUUUUUUUUAAACACAUUUCAGAAAAUUUUAAAUUCAAGGGGAAACUAUUACUAUCAUAAGAUUAGCAGAGUUGCUUGCUAAUUCUCCUUUUUUUUUUUUUUUU